GACACCAUGCAAGAAUUUCUUUUCCUUCCACUUUAUGCAUGCACUUUUCCACUAGAGACUAUUUCAUACUACGGCUUUCUUGUCAGUCUGUUCCGGUUUUUAUUCCAAUACGGUUGACGGUUGUGGUGCAAUUUUGCUUAAGUGAUCUGCAAGAUCUGAAUCAGUAUGGGAGACGACGCUAAGUUUAUCAAGUGCCAGGGUGCCAACUUGACCAAUGGUUUCGCAGAGGGACCCAACAAGUUCACCAUCCUGACCUCCGAUAAGCAUGACGUUACUCAAUUACAAAUCGGUUUCGAAGGGCCUGCCCAACCGGAAGUGAAACUGGUGACGAAGAAGGAUAAAUCCGUCGACGUAACGUAUAUCACUGCCGUAGGAGGAGAUUACAAAAUCCACGUCAAGUACAAGGAUGCCUACGUUCACAGCUCCCCCUUCAAGGUGAAAAUUGUGGGUGACGUGAAAGCUUCAGUGGAUAAAGUCAAGACUUCCGGGGCUAUUAAAGAAGCCAAGAACAAUGCCGACAACACCAUCACGGUUGACGGGCGAGAAGUCGGUAUCUCUGGUGGACUCAGCGCUCACAUGGAGGGCCCAUCAAAGCCAGACCUGCAAUUCAAAAAUAACGAUGAUGGCACCGUUACUGUUGCCUACAAACCAACGGCCGCCGGGACAUACAAGCUCCAUUUGAAAUUUACUCAUUACCAUCUUCCAGGGAGCCCAUUCACCAUUGCCUGCAAGUAAAUGGGAAAACUUUUUCUCAAAUUAUGAAUGCUUUAAAGUCUUGUGAAAAUACAGAAUAUUGUCAAAACUUUUUUGAGCAACAUCUUACACAACGCGUGGAUAUUAUUAAUGUUGAAACCAAUGUUUCCCAUAAAGUAAUCAUACAUAUUUAACUGCCACAGUAUUUAAAUAAGUACUUGUAUAAUUCUUAAUUAGGUAAGUAAUUGUAUUAUAGUUUGGCAAUCAUUCAAUAAUACUCAAUCCAAAUCCAA